UGCAUUUAUAAUGGAAGUUGCAAACAGUAACUAAUUCUGGGCUUGGUGGGUGAGUCCAUACUCAUCAGCAAGUACCUUACUUUUGGAUGGAGUCAUAGAGAUAGAUAAUGUUUUGUUUGAUGAUUGAAAUGAGUGGCCACACAAGUAUCAACCUUUAUUCUCAAUUUUCAAUUUGAGUAUGGCAGUUCUAUCUUUUCUCUUGGUUCCAUCUCCAUGUGCUGCCUCUGUGCAUGCAUCUCCAAGGUGCUUGGAGGAUGCAAAACUCAGAUAUGCUGAGUCUAAUAACAGAGUCUCCAUAUUAACAGUGAAAAGAUUUUCAAGAAGGAUGGUUCUUCAAUUUCUGGGGAUUAAUCACAUGAUAUGGCAUGCUUCUUCUGCUCUGGCUGCACCAAUUAUGCCAGACAUGAAGGAACCUGAACUCAUACGGACUUUGAAGCUACCUAGUGGAGUGAGAAUUCAAGAUAUUGUUGAAGGGGAAGGACCAGAAGCACAUAAUGGAGAUGUGGUCAAAUUCAAUUGUGUAUGCAGGCGUGCAAAUGGAUACUUUGUUUUCAGUACAGUGGACCAAUUCAGUGGAGAAAGUACACCUGUUACACUUCCCUUGGAUGAGAACCAGAUUAUAGUGGGCUUAAAGGAGGUCCUCACAGGCAUGAGAGUUGGUGGAAAGAGAAGAGCACUGAUCCCUCCUUCAGCAGGAUAUGUAAACGAGAACUUGAAACCAAUACCUGAAGAGUUUGGCCCUCGUCGCAGCCUUUUUUCUCAUGCACAGGAGCCGUUGGUUUUUGAAGUGCAACUCUUGAAAAUUUUGAGCCCUCCAAUUUAUUAGUUGUGCUUAUUUAUUUUAUUUUAUUUUAUUUUAAUUCUACUUUCAAUUUUAGAUAUCUUAAUUGUGGAGUCUUAUUUGUAUUUAAAUUAUACCAAUUGAAUACAUUUGAUGUUACAAA